AAGGCCCCGGUCCCAGUGCUCAUUAAGCCAAUUUCCAUGACGUGGGCAUGGUAUGUCAUUGGUCCAUAUUUUCUCCACGACUCGAUUCUCCUAUGCACAGGGUCCUGUAUAACCCCCAAACCGAGGGUCCCUUAUCCACCUCAUACUUCACAUCUCCCAAAAAACCCAUGAGCACUCAAGAUACAAGCUUUUUAUACGUAUUGACUUCUAACUGAUCUACCUAGCUUUGUGGCCAUACUCAUUUCUUACCUCGGCCUUCAGCGUAAUCUUUAACUAUGCAUACCUACACGGAUUGGACUUUGCCUCUAACGGUCAAUGACAAACGCUUGCGUUUGAUACGGCAUAUUGCGAAUGCCGACUGCUAUGGCCCUGCACUCCUUAGUUGUGCUCUUUUGUUCACUCACAUCGUCGCCGAUUCUCCCUGUGGCUUUGAUCUUGACGCUGAAUCUCCCGACCACGCUGUCGCGCGCUUCCCUUAUCUGCUGCACAACUAAAAGUCCGUCGAACCAAACUUCUCUCCGCUGUUGCGUCCGCCGAUCUCCGCAGCGCACGUCUUCGUCGCAUCGCAAUCUGUCCCAACGCCUAACGUUCAUGCUUACCAAUAAUUACAGCUCCAGUGUGCUGCACGUUGGCCUGAAAAAGCUCGCGUCGGGCGCGAAGACAGUGGUUCGGAAACAACACUACUCCCUAGUUUCCUCCCACCGGCUCUCCACUUCGGUCUGCGCAGCACGCAAGGCGAGAAAAGUAGCGGGUUGUGCCACUUCGGAGGAGUUCCCCAGUUAUAUAUGGAAGAUAUACGGAUGCAUGCCGUCACAAAUUCGACGCAUCGAUUGUGUUAAUUUGAGACGCUAACAGAAGGAAUGGAGGUUUGUCGAAGUGAGAGCGCAACAGGAAUCACCACUGAAAGUGACAUUGUUAUGAUAUUAUAUGUACAUUAUCUUGUAAAAGACAAGGGCUUGGCCGGCCAGAGGACGAUGAUGAUCGCUUUGCCC